CCAAUCACAUUGAUCAAAUCGACCGACCGACCAACGUGAUUAGUCAAUUUCGCGAAACCCGCUAUCUACCUACCCUACGACCCGCGUCUGCGUCUUAUGUAAGAAUAGACCUUUAAGUACUCACUACUUUGCAUCGUAUGCGCGCCAUGUGUGCAGACUUGCUCCCUCUCUUUGUUUAGAAAUAUGUUGAAUAUUGAAUAAAAUAUUGGAAAGCGCCUAGUUUGACGAAGAUAAUAGACUCUGCGGAUAAAGAUUCAGUGACGAAAUUAAAUACACAAUUAAAUGAGACUAUGGUAUCGAUGGAAGACGUUACGGAUCCUCCGGUUCAAAAUCACAGAAAAAAAUCUAUUACAAUAAAUACAAAGACGCCACCAAGGAGUUCAAAGAGUUCGAUUAAAUCACCACGUAAAAGUAUCUUAAGAAAAUCUGGAAACUCAUUCAGUGAGAGCAAUGGAGAUGUUCAGAUGACAAACGGUGGUGUUGAAAGAACAAACGACACAUCUCAGAGAUCAUCUGCCUUGGUUUCAUCAGGACCAAAUACUCUUGAAGAACUGAUUAAAAAAGAAACAUUAACAGAGAAAAAUAUAUCUUCAACCUUUAAUCUGGAGGAUAUAUCAGAUAGUGAAGAGAUUUGGAUUAUGGAUCUUCCUAAAUUGAUAGAUCCGCAAGAACUUUGCGGUCAGACAAUUGCUUUAGAAGAUAAAUCCAAGAUUAAGAUCAAGGAUGAACGAUAUAGUACGGUUGCCAAUAAUGUAAACCAUAAUGUUACAUGUGUUUUCAAUACUGAAAAAGGAUAUAAAACAGUAAAUAUUAAUGCAGUAGGUACAUUGUCAGUAAGAAGAAAAUUGUCUGAAGUACUAGAAUUAAAACCAGUAUCUAGAAGUAAUUCUGAUGUACAAUUCCCAUAUAAUUUAAAGCCAAGGCAUGCCUCAAUUAGUGUUGCUAACAAACAUGAUAUGUCAUCACGUAAGAAAAAAUCAAAAAAACGUAGUUCUUUCAAAUUAUAAUAAACUGCAGUUUGUGAUAUAAUGUAAAGAGCGCGUUUGAUGCAAGGUUCCAAAAUAACUACAUAGAUAAUUAAAAUAUUUGUUCUCAGAAUUAAUUGUAAAAUAUGUAUUUUUAUAUAUAUAGACAUUUAUGCAUAAAGUUAUUUAUCACAUCUAAUAAGAAUUAUUACAAUAAUAAAUAUUAAUUAAGAAUUAUAUUACAAUAUUUAGAGAGAAUUAUUAUUAAGAAUUAUUGUAAUAUAAGCAUGAUGCUUGAUAGAUAGUCUAUUUUAUUAGAGUAAAAACAAAUAUUUAUACUUAAGUAUACUGCAAUAUAUACUGCCAUCAAUAUAAAUUGAAGUUUUAAAAAGAUAAGAAUUAGAAAAAGAACAUUAAGAAUUGUUUUUAAGUUGCUAUGGUCUUUGGAGAAUGUAUGUUAUUGUAUUUGUAAACUUCUUUUAAGAGAUGAUUUCUUAUUUAGAUCUUUUUUAAGAGAGAUAAUCUCUGUUUGAGAUCUUUUUUAAAAGAUAUGACAUCUCCGAUUAACUUGAUCGACCAAUUAAUUUGUUAUAGGAAUCGACCAAUUGCAUUAGUCUUUUAACUUUUAACGGUAUUAGCCAGAAUUGAUCAAUCAAGGUUGACGUUUAACUCUUUUGCUGUUGAACUAGCCGCCAGUUGUACCGCUGUAUCGACAGCUCUGCUGUAAAAUGCGACUUGACAAAUGUAAAAAAACUGUAAAACAAGUAAAAAUGUAAAAACAUUUUCGUAUUGCAACAACGUUGUGUAUGGUUUUCAGUGUGAAAUUGCGAAGAGAGCUAUAGUGGCUAUUCGUUCUAAAAAAUUGCUUAGCGAGAAGCCACUAUAAUGGCGUGUACGGCUUAAAGAAUUAAUCUGAUCAAAUAAACAAAUUUGGAUAAAAUAUAUAUAUAUAAUAAUGUUUCUUGUUUAAAUAUAUAUAUAA